AUGAGGUGGAUUGUGGUGUUUUGUACAGUGAACAUAGUUUUUGCCCAAAAUAUUAGUGAAAAAGAUGGAACUACAGAAGCAACGUUCGACUAUUAUUCAAUGCCUGUACUCUCUCAGUUGGAUGAUUUCGAUUUGUGCCUUCGGAAACCGAAAUCAAUCUACUGUAUCGUAGACUUUGAACUUAUGGAAGAUGAAACACCUCUAUACAAAUAUAUACAGAACUUUUCGUCUCUAACUUAUAAGAACUACAAGCAUUCAAAACUGCACAGAGGAGUCUGUGGGGACAAAUGCGGUCUUAACUUUACACACGUAAACGUUACUGAUACACUUGUGAGGAAUUUGAAGAAAUGUUUCAAUCAGACUAUCCACGAUAAAUAUGGUUUACAGGUCAAUACAUUAUCAUUAAGAUACUGUAAAACUCAAAAGGACUUUAUCCCAGUGGAUUCACUAGAUUAUAUUUUGGGUACCAUUUUAUUAUUAAUACUUCUGGUCAACCUUGGAUGUACUGCGUAUUAUUUCUUUUGGCAUCCACAGAAUGGGAAAGAAAACAGAUAUAUAUUAGCUUUUUGCGUACAAAAAAAUUGGAAGGCUUUAAAAUAUGGUGGCAGCGCUGAAGGUGGAAUCUUCAAAUGUUUUCAAGCAAUGAGGUUUUAUACAAUGGUUAUGAUUCUUGGCCUUCACUCUAUGAUUUUCAUCGGUUACGGCUACACUGAAAAUCCUGAGUUCAUAGAAAAUUCUUAUGAUGACUUCUUCAAGGCCCUUCUUUUCAAUGCUCGGGUGAUCGUUCAAAUUUUCUUCGUCAUGGGCGGUUUCCUUAUGGCUUACAAAAUGCUGCUUUAUGCUGAAAGUCAUCCGUUCACACUGAAGACCGUUCCCAUGGCUAUUGUUAAUAGAUGGCUCAGGUUAAUGCCAGCAGUUUUAGUUGUGAUGGCUCUUGCCAUGACCUGGGUACCUCAUAUGGGGUCAGGUCCUAUGUGGGAUGCCGUAGUGAAACGCGAACGUGACAUAUGCAGAAAGAAUUGGUGGCAAUUAGUGAUUCUGAUGCCAAAUUUGUUCCCAUUUGAAAAUCUUUGUUUACCACAGGCUUGGUAUCUUGGUACAGAUACACAGCUGUUUUUCGUAACUCUCAUCGUUUUGCUCAUAAUCUGGAAGUGGCCAAGAUUUGGAGCUCCUGUUCUCAGCGCCGUGAUGAUAAUAAGUCUCAUUAUUCCAUUUUUGCAAAGCUAUUUUAUGAAUCUACUACCAAUACGAGUUAGCAUUUUCCCUGAGUCUAUAAGAGACAUUUUCGGUUACAAUGACACUUUCUACCAUGCGUACGUGUCUGCGCAAGGAAAUUGGGCUGGGUAUCAUCUUGGAGUGCUCACUGCCUGGUUUUACCAUAAAGCACAGACUAAGAAAUGGGAUUUAGGCGAAUCUUGGCUUCUCAAAGUACUCUUCAUCAUAUCUAUCCCAGUGGCGAUAGGAACUGUUCUCAUGGGAUGGGACCUUCACCAUCGGGAGGCAUCAGCAUUUGAAGCGGCUGUCUUCAAUGCUUUGAAUCAAAAUUUCUUCGCGCUCGCCAUUUGUGUAUUCGUGAUCGGAUAUUUCUAUAGAUGUAAUAGGAUCUACGUUGGUGCAGUUGAAUGGGGCCCAUUACAACCUCUGGGUAGGUUAUCCUAUUGUGCUAUGUUGUUGCACGCAACCGUUCUCAGAACUUACGGUGGCCAAAUGAGAAGAUCUUUUUAUGCAACUGAUUAUACUGCUAUUAUGUUAUUCUGUGGUAUUGUUUGCUCCACUUAUCUUCUGUCACUGCCUCUUCACCUGUUCGUCGAAGCGCCGGCCUGUCAAAUACAGAAGAUUUUGUUCGGGUCUAGAAGACAAAAGAAGCAGGAGGAACACAAUACAGUGACUGUUAAGCCUGGCAUUUCUAAUGUAUCAGUGUCAACGGUUUCCACACAUAUUUAG